AUGUCAGGACUAUAUUUGGAGAUACUUGUUUUGUCUGCUGGGCCGGUCGGUAUAAUGCAGGCAUGUCUCGAUGUUGUCCUUCCUUACAUACGAGAGCGAUCACAGUUUGGCCGUCCGAUAGGGGAAUUUCAGUUUAUACAGGGGAAAGUUGCAGACAUGUAUACUUCUCUGCAAUCAUCACGAAGUUUUGCUUCUUGUAUGAACAUUUCUCAACCUGGUCAGUAUCAUCAUUAUAUAUUGGACGGGGAAAAAGGGUGUGAAAGCUAUGGUUUCCUUGGUCUUUCAAAUAGACACAGAGCUGGAGCUAUACUUUCUGCUGCCGAACGAGACACUCAAGUUGCUUUGCAGGCUAUACAAUGUUUAGGAGGUAAUGGAUAUGUAAACGAAUACACAAGCGGCCGUCUGCUUCGAGAUGCCAAGCUCUACGAAAUCGGAGCAGGGACUAGUGAGAUCAGAAGAAUGGUUAAUGGUCGUGAGCUUUUUAAGGAACAAUAA